AUGGCCCCCUCUGUCACUAUUGACAAUACCUCCGAUUUCAGUCCGAUAACCACAACCACCAAGACGACUUCAUUCAAUUCUCGAACACUACUCCUUGCGCCUCCCUCUAUCGCCAGCCAUGAAGAAAAAUUAAGAAAUGUUCUCACUACUCAUGAUAGAACUGUUACCGAUCUGCAGAUGCUGGAUCGCCUUUCUGCAGGAUUAGUCACGCUCCCAGAAUCCACCUACGACCUGGUCCUCAUCCUCACUGAUGCCGAUGGCACACGCGCCGAAUCUACAGAACUGUUGACCAGAGAUGUAUUUGGAAAGAUUACACAAGCUCUGAAGGCAGGUGCAAAGUUACAGGCACAGGAUGGUACCUUUGGGCAGGAAAUUGAUGGAGCAGAAUAUCGUGAGGCUAUUUUGGCCGGAUUGGUAGCAGAAGGAGGGGUUAUGCUCAAACCUGAUCAUAGUGCAAGUGUUGCAAUUCCUUUGCGACUCCGCAGAAAGGACAAUAGUAAGAGUGCAGCUGUAUCAAAUGCUGGCCCUCCAAUUUCUACGGAUGCUUUACCACUAUAUGGCAAGAGAAAGAGUAUGGAUAUGACAGAUGAUGUGCCAGAGAAGAAUAUACCAAAGACUGGUGCGCCAAAUGGAGUUGGCUUCAUUGAUUUCAGUGACGACUUUGAUGCGGAGGAUGACGACGAUGAAUUGAUUGAUGAGGACACUCUUCUUACCGAGGAGGACAUGAAGAAACCUCUUGCUAUUCCUCCCGAGUGUGCUCCAAGAGCUGGAAAGCGUCGUCGUGCAUGUAAGGAUUGCUCCUGUGGUCUUGCCGAAAAGCUCGCAAAAGAAGAUUCAGACAAGCGAGUCACAGCCGAUAGCCAACUCCAAGCUCUCAAACUUGAUGAAGAUGAUCUAGCUGAAGUAGAUUUCACAGUCAAAGGGAAAGUUGGAUCCUGCGGAAAUUGUAGCUUAGGUGAUGCCUUCCGUUGUGAUGGUUGUCCUUACAUCGGUAUGCCUGCCUUUAAGCCAGGCGAAGAAGUCCGACUUCUCAACAACGAUGUUCAGUUGUAG